UCUACUCCUGGGUUCCCACUCUCCACGCGGUUCAAACUUCAAAAGAAAUGCUAGCGGCUGCAAGGCGGUUAGCUCGAAUGGCAAAUCAGUAUCGGCAAACGACCGUCACAAUGGUUCCUGAUAUAAAGAGGGAGUCGAGGCUCGCUGACGUGGACUUGGUGAACCAUUCUCUCAUUUUCCUUCCAUGUACAGUCUUUAAUUGAUACCUUCACUACACUCUUUUUGGUGUCUUUUCGUUCCAUUCGUCGUUCUUUUUCGCUUUCUUACUUGGAUUCGACACACCACCAUGCUUGUCGACAAACUCUCUCUAUUCGCCGCCGUGGGCCUGGCGCCCCUUCUCGCUGCUGCGCAGCUGAGCGGCUCUGUUGGACACUUGACCUCGGCCAAGACCAAGGCUGCCACCAAGACAUGUAACGUUCUCGACUACGGAGCCAAGGCGGACAAAUCCACCGAUCUGGGUGCCCCGUUGGCCUCCGCCUUUGCCGACUGCAAGUCGGGUGGUGUGGUCUAUGUCCCCGAGGGUGACUAUGCGCUCUCGACCUGGGCCAGACUGAGCGGUGGUAAAAGCUGGGCUUUGCAGAUCGACGGUACCAUAUAUCGGGAUAGCACGGAUGGCGGCAACAUGAUCUACAUCGAGCACUCCAGCGACUUCGAACUGUUCAGCAGCAACUCCAAGGGUGCCAUGCAGGGUCUGGGCUACGAGCUCCACAAGGACAACAAAUACUCUGGUCCUCGUCUGCUGCGCUUGUAUGAUGUUACGGAUUUCUCGGUUCACGACUUCAUUCUGGUCGAUUCGCCUUCUUUCCACUUCUCGAUCGACACUUGCACCAACGGUGAAAUCUACAACAUGGCUAUUCGCGGUGCUAACCACGGUGGUCUUGAUGGAAUUGAUGUGUGGAGUGAAAACAUCUGGAUCCACGAUGUCGAGGUGACGAACAAGGAUGAGUGCGUGACGAUCAAGAGCCCGGCUCACAACAUCCUGGUCGAGAACAUCUACUGUAACUGGAGUGGUGGCUGCGGUAUGGGCUCCUUCGGAACCGGUACUAAUGUUACUGAUAUCACCUACCGCAACAUCUACACCUGGAACUCGAACAACAUGAUGAUGAUCAAGAGUAACGGAGGCGAUGGAUUUAUCGAGAACGUCGUCUUUGAGAACUUCAUUGGCCACGGUAACGCCUACUCCCUGGACAUCGACAGCGCAUGGGCCAGUAUGAAGACUGUGGAGGGCGAUGGUAUCCAAAUGAGCAACUUCACGAUCAGGAACUGGAAGGGCACUGAAGCCUACGGUCUUACCCGUGGUCCCAUCAAGAUGAUCUGCCCUACCGGUGCUCCUUGCUACGAUAUCACCAUUGAGGACUUCGCUAUGUGGACUGAGAAGGGCGAACAGCAAUGGUACUCCUGCCAGAGUGCCUACGGAUCGGGCUUCUGUCUCAAGGAGGGUGACGACCACGCUGCUUAUGAAGCCUCCACCAUUACUGUGAAGUCUGCUCCCACAGGUUACUCUGCCGCCUCGAUGGCCGGUGAUCUGACUGCGGACUUCGGCACCACCGUUUCCAUUCCCAUCCCAACCAUUCCCACUUCCUUCUACCCCGGUGCUACCCCCAUCAGAGCUCUGAUGUCCUUGUCUUCUUCGGGCGCUAGCCACGCUACCCCUGCGGCCAGCACGGCUCGUGCUACGAGCGCGGCUACCAGCGUUGCGGAGUCUUCAUCGUCCUCGACCUCUGAGUAUGUUGCUGCCACCAGUGCCGCCGAGUUCGUCGCGACCCCCUCGGUGAGCAGCGCGCAGGAACAGAUCACCAAGGCUGCCAGCUCUUCCGAAUCCUCUAGCAACAACAAUCAGUGGGAACAGUGGAAGCAACAGGAGGAAGAGCCUGAGGUCGGCAACUGCAACGCGUGAGAAGCUGGAUUAAUUUCCAUCCUGGCUGGUUACACAGCGGUUGUUACCGGUA